AUGUUUAUUGCUAUGUUUGUGUUUAUUGUUAUGUUUGUGUUAUUUUUAUGUUUGUGUUUUGUGUUGUUUUUAUAUUUGUGUUUUGUGUUUUUUGUUUUGUGUUUGUGUUUAUUGUUUUGUGUUUUAUGUUUAUGUUUGUGUUUGUGUUAUUUUUAUGUUUGUGUUUCUUUAUUUGUUUGUGUUUGCGUUUGUGUUUGUGUUUUAUAAAAAGUUUGUUUUGUGUUAUACAAGAUGUUUGUUUUUAAAGAAAUUUGUAGUUGUUCAA